AUGGGCUUGCUCUCUUCCGACCCCGUCAAGGAGACCCAGAAGGAGGUCAAGAAGGACCACAAGGCGGAGGAGAAGGAGCUCAAGGAGCACGCCAAGGAGGUGAAGAAGGCUGAGAAGGAAGAGGAGAAGCGUGAGAAGAAGGAGGAGAAGGCCGAGAAGAAGCAGGAGAAGAUUGAGAAGAAGGAGGAGAAGCUCGCCGAGAAGCACCGUGACGCAGCCCACGAUGCCAACGAGCACUCUUUGGAGAGGGAGCGUGCCGCCGAGGGUGCCGAGGCCCACAAGGCUGGUUUCAACCAGGCCGCCGCUGGCCACCACGGCGCCGCUACCGGCCCGACUGUUUAA